AUGAUUACGCCAUCAUACAUGAGCAAUGAUCGUUUUAUCUGGACCAGUGACAAACCGGAUGCGGAACUCAUUGAACCUGAAAUUUUGGCAUCGGUUGAUAAGAACUGGCUCACUUUCGGUUUACAGGUACAAGGUGUAGUGUUCGGCCGCCAGUUGCACGCCCUACCAUUUGUACGAACUACUAAUUCAACAACGAUAACUGUUUAUCGAAGGCCUACGAAUGCCUUCAAAGUGGAUGAGGACUACCCGUACAUCAGAAGAACUGAACUACCCAGAAAAGAUCGUUUAUUCAUCUAUUUGGCACCAGUUUUUCACUGGAAAACUCAGCCGAUAUCCGUGUUUAACCAUGCAAUGCCGUAUGAGAAAUUAAGGAUUUGUUUGAAUUAUACGGCUCAGAGCAUGUACGAAGGAUCGAAUUUCUCAUUGCAACAAGGACGUAAUGGAUGGAAUACGUGGCAAUUUUCAGAAAAAUGUCUUCAGAAGGCUCGAAAUUGA